UAAUGGAUGCGUUCAUAUUCAGUGCGGUCCGUCCACAGCUAUGGUCACACAUAAACAAUAUGGCCGACUUCUGGCUUUGAGUACCGUAAUAUUUUAUUUCAUCUUGGAUUCAGAUCAAAAAGCAUGUCUUAGAGACGCAACAAUUGAUUCACUUCAUUGCAUGGAAGUAUCAGAAAAUGGUGAUAGUGGAUUUAAUUGUAUGUUACAUGAAAGCCAGGUUAUAUAUUGACUUUCGUUAGAGCCUGGAUCCGUCCUCCAUUUGGCAGUUGCAGAUCGUUUCUGCUGAGUGACCUUUCCAUAAUGGCAAACAAAGCAAGAAGCAGGUCCCAAUUUUCUAGUCGGGACAGAAACAAUUUUACAAUUAAUGUGAAAAUCGAGGCCACAGAUGAAGUGUUUCCGCUGAAGAAUAUUUACGGUGAAAUGAAAAUAUCAGAAUUGAAGGAUUACAUGGAAUUUGCAACAGGGAUACCAAUAAACAUGCAAAGGAUAAGUUACCUUGAUGAAGGAGACUUGCUGGAACACAUGGAUAUACGUUCAAAUGACAUUGUACCUGGAGCAACACUUCUGAUGAGGGUGUGGUCUCAGUGGAGGGAUUUGUUGGAAGCAGCCGCAGCAAAUGAUGAUGAAUGGGUGUUUAGUCUAGGUGUGACACACCCAAGUGAUUAUAAGACUCCCAACAGUGAGUACAUGACGAAGAGGUCUCGGAGAGCAUGGUAUGAAGAGAGAGCUUUUGUUGCCCUGUGCAUAGCUGCACACAGAGGUCAUGAUAAGCUCUGUACCAAGUUGAUCCAAGCAGGUGCCAAUGUAAAUGCCACAUCUCCCCUUGGCCGAACAGCUCUCCAUGUGGCAGCAGCUCAAGGUCAUGGUCACAUUGUUGACCUCCUCUUGGAGAAAGGGGCCAACAUUGAUGCUGAAGAUGAUGAUGGCAACAAUGCGUUGACAAUUGCUGACAAGUUUGGACACAAGAGCUGUGAACGUCACUUGUUCUUGUUCCGAUGGCAGCAACGAGCCAAGAAGCUGCGUCCAUCAAGACAGGUCCCUCUCAAGCCACAUCAGUAUUAUGAUUCCAAGUUCCCAGUGUGGGUGGAGGGAGGUCAGUGCCAGCUUUAUCUCACAAACAUCACCCCCCCUGAGGAGUUUGAGGGGACAGCUCUUAACUCCCCUGCCAAACGGCCCCAUCCUGGAGUAGUCAGGCGGAACCAGUUCCACUUGGAUGAGCCGGCAGACAGGCCUCAUGUACGCAUCAACGUCCAUGACGAAGAUCAGAUAGAAGAGCAUGCAGGAAAGAAGUUACCCUCCAUUCAAUCUGCAGAUGCUGCUAGGAGACAGAAGCUUCAGAAAGCAUAUGCCUUCUACACUAAAAAUAGAAGAGGCUAUGGGCCGCCCUCAUUUGACCAGUGGCUCACUAAGAUACAGGAUAAAGAGAAAAAGCACACUGAGGCAAAGAGGAAGGCGAGAGAGGUGAAGAGGCAAGAGGAGGAAGAAAGGAGGAAGAUAGAGGAAGACAAGGCCACCAACUACGAGAACUGGCUGGCGCAGAAAGAAGCAGAGAGGAAGAAGGCUUCACCUUCACCCAAAGAUGCCUCAAAGAGCACAAGUCCAGUUAAGAGGGGUAAGCGGAAGCAGAAGAGCGCAGGUGCCUUGCGACUAUAUCUUCGAUCUCUCGGGAACGACCGGGCAGGGCAGCCAUACGAGAACUGGCUGGUUAAGAAGGAGCUGGAGCUCCUGGACAGGGCCAAAUCAGGCGAACCUCUCUUCUCGUUUUAGACAAAGUGAAAGGCAGUCAUGGUUCCGUGGUUUUGUAGGGUUUUGGUUGAGUCUUGGGAUUAUAUUUGUAAAAUCCUCUACAAUUUUGAGAGCUCUGUAAUGGGUUUCCAAAGGUCUUUGUCUUUCAUUAUUUCAAUUUAUAAUAUAUGUUGUAAGGAAUUAGGUGGACUGACAAGUUUGAUAUGAUUUUUGCUGAAUUGAAACAGAUGUAGAAGAUCCUCAUCUCUGGUCUAAAACUCUAGUCAUUUCCUGGUAUUUUUUACAUACCAAAAAAUGAAUGUUUUUUAUUGUUUGGUGAUUCAAUACUUUUGUUUAAAAACAGUUUUAUUAAGUACCACAGCAGAUAUACCAAAUAGAAGGGUAGGAAAGUGUCAAGGUUCAACAGAUGAGUCCAGCUAUAUACUUUGUGCUAGACAGGUUUCAUGUCUUCAUAUUCAGGUUAACUCCUAGUUGAUAGAUGUACAUUUUGUUAAAGAAGAAUUAAAAAUAACAAUGCUCUUCAGGACCACUGUACAUUAUGUACUGUAUUGCCAUGAGAAAAUAAAUACUGACAAAUACUUUCACAAAUACUGACAUACAUGCCAAAACCGCCUGAUAUGUUUAAAUGUGGUCUGAUGAAAAU